AUGAAGCUCCCGAAGCCGGAAAAGAAAACCAAAAUCGAGGACAAGAAACUAGAAGCUAAAACUCAAGAUGAAACUCUAGAGCCCAGUGCAGACCAGGACAAAGUGCCGCUCAUCCCGUCGCCAAAGCGUAAAACUCGCUGGAAGAUUCCCGACUUGAAACAUGACAAGGCAUCCGACAACCAAACGGAGACACCUCGCAAGGACGAUAAAGCCGACGAUUCCAGCGACAGUGAGCAGGACAACCAGACGAAUGAUCUGUCUCCACUGCGUCGACACAAACCCGAAUCUGACGACACUUUACCGAUUCCCGAGUCUCCAUACAACACAUACCGACUGCAACAACGACGAGCACAACUCGAUGUGCCUCCUGCGUAUCAACCUGAAGUGCAUUUGAUCGGUGAGAUCGUCAGUGGCCACGGCUUCGGAGCUGCUGGAGGUUUGGCAUGCAAGUGGCGUGUUGAGUAUGGCAGUCGAUGGAGUCUCGUCGCUGGAGAUCCGUUCGGUCAAACGCAACUUGAUUACCCGUCGACAGCGCCGUGGACGUCUGAUCCUGACGUGGCUGUGUGGUCUCACCCGAUCGACUUGCACUUCGCGACUUCAGCCUUCCAAGGUUGGCCCAAGCUGCUCUUCCAAGUGUGGAGAGCAGACUCCAACAUGAAGUUGCACGUGGUCGGAUACGGCUUCGUGUCGGUGCCUUUUGCUGCUGGUCAACACAAGCUCUGGGUCUCGCUGUGGCGUCCACUUGGCACCACAAUGGAAGAACUGGAUGUAUAUCUACUUGGACGCACGCCGGAACUAAAGAGUGAUGACGUGCUUUUCAACGCAGCAUGGUCAGAGAGAUGUCGACUGCGGACGGUAUCUACUGGAAGAGUUCUUGUGCAUCUUGGAGUACUGCUUCGGCACUUCCACGCAGGUGUUAUUGAAGCGUAG